AUGGCCUUCAAGAUCCUCGCCUCGCUCCUCGCGGUGUACGCCACUCUCCAGGCCACCAACGCUGCCCUCACGCGCCGUGUUGCUUGCCCCGACGGCUGCUGCCCGCUCUUCGACAUCGUCGACACUCUGCAGAGCGAGUUCUUCGACGGUGGCGAGUGUGGCGAGGAGACCCACGAGUCUCUCCGGCAAUUUGGUGGUGGAGGUGCCGAUGGAUCCAUCAUGGCCUUCGCCGACAUCGAAACCGCCUUCCACGCCAACGGCGGUAUCGACGACAUCGUCGACGCCCAGAAGAGCUUCAUCGCCGCGCACAACAUCACGCUGACUCCCGGCGACUUCAUCCAGCUUGCCGGUGCCGUCGGCUUCUCGAACUGCGCCGGUGCCCCCCGCCUCCAAUUCCUCCUCGGCCGCCCUGCGCCCACCCAGGCGUCCCCCGACCUGCUCGUCCCUGAACCGUUCGACACCGUCGACUCCAUCCUCGCCCGCUUCGGCGACGCGGGCUUCUCCUCAGACGAGGUCGUCGCGCUCCUCGCCUCGCACUCGGUCGCCGCUGCCGACCACGUCGAUCCCUCGAUCCCGGGCUCGCCGUUCGACUCCACUCCCUCGUCCUUCGACUCGCAGGUGUUCAUCGAGGUCCAGCUGCGCGGCACCGCUUUUCCCGGCACGGGAGGCAACCAGGGCGAGGUCGAGUCCCCGCUCGCGGGUGAGAUCCGUCUCCAGUCCGACUCCGAGCUCGCCCGCGACUCCCGCACGGCGUGCGAGUGGCAGUCGUUUGCGAACGACCACGCGAAGCUCCAGUCCGCGUUCGCCUCCGCGAUGGCCAAGCUCGCCGUCGUCGGCCAGGACACCAGCAACAUGGUCGACUGCUCGGAGGUCCUCCCCAUUCCCCCUGCCGCGAACACCGUGCCGCACAUCCCCGCCGGUCUCAGCAACGGUGACAUCGAGCAGGCGUGCGCGACCGCUGCCUUCCCCACUCUCGCCGUUGACCCCGGAAGCAUCACCUCGGUCGCCCCUGUGUAA